AUGAAAAGAUUCCGACUGGUAGACUUGGUCUGUUGUGGUAGAGGCCUCAUAUUACGUCCUGAAGCCACCAAGGAUCCUCAUCGAUAUCCAUUAGGGUAUGUGCCGCUUGAUGGAUCUGAACCGCUAGAUAACAUUUGGGCAUUGGUGAAGAAUGGUUUUUUUGUGGCUCCUUUAAAUAAAAUUGAAACUAUUCACCGAGCCCAUGUGGGUAUUAGACAUAUGACACAAUCAGAAUACCCUGCGGUUUCUGCACCAGAGUUGGUUGGUUUACAGUUGAGAUUAAAGGAAUUGUGUAGUCGCUUACUGAUUCGUCGAGACUUUUGGGUAUUAGAGGACUUUAAUGAUCCCGAGUUGAAUACUAGUUUUGGUAUUCAAAACAUAUUUUUUGAUAAUUUUAAAUGGUCCCAGGUUUUAUGGAAGAGGUUUCAGGUUUUUGUUGAAGAGUACUUCCCGGUGGUGGAUCAUACCCAUCUGACAUACGAUGAAUACCUUCAAUUGCUUCGAAGCUUUUCACAUUUUGAGCAGGGGGCAACAUUGGCCCCCUUACUACCUAGGCACCACAAGGUUCAUCCACCCUUUGGUGUUUCAGCUCCUUCCAAAGUUGAUAUGGAACCUCUCCUAUUGUACAAGCAAUGGCUAACGAAUUUCAAAGGUCCUUUAUUCUUGCACAAAGCACUUGUCGUAUGGAGUGGUUGUGGGUCUGCUGCUUUUGUGACUAAAUAUUGUGGCGUUCCCAUUGUUCGAGGUGUUGAUCCAAAUCCAAGAGCUGUGGCCUCUAGUAGAAGAGAUGCUCAACUUAUGGGUAAGCGUUUUGAUUCAAUUAGUUUUCGAGUGUGUGAAAUGUUGCCUGAUCCUAAUGACUAUAAGGAAUCCUCAAGAAUACGCAAGUUUGAUUUGAUGGUCUUUUGUCCCGAUCAGGGAUCGUUUAGUUCUUUUUUUGCUGAAGUGGAUGAUGGGUAUGCACCUGGGAUGAACGCAUUUGCGGGUCGAUUGGAGCAAUUUUUUGAAGCGGCAGAUGCACACCUUACAGAGUCUGGAGUUAUAGCUAUUUGUUGCACGAAUCUUUAUUCUAUUUUAAAGCCGCAGGAACCGAACCCUAUUGAAUAUGAAAUUAAAGUAAAUAGGAGAUGGAUUCUUUUAGACUACUACGAUGUGCCUAUUAGAAACAAAGGUGUUCUUUCCCAUAUUCCAACGGAACAUCGUUCUAGACUUCCCAAGGAAUUGAAAAAACAGUUGCGAAGUGAGCUUUGGAUUCUACACAAGGUGGAGUCCCUAAAUCACUUUGCGUUUAUUCAUCAAAUACCAGGAGCCCAGCCACCAUCUUCCGUAGCCUCGUAUUGGAGAAAUAAAAACAUAAACAAAUUAAGACGAGUCGUAAUGAAAAAUCAAGUGGAACUAAUGGGAGGUGAUUGGGGAGAUUACAAGAAGCGCAUGAUGCAAAUGCUUCAAGAGCAGAGUGGAGAUGAUGAGGACGAUGUGGCUCAAGCUGUUAGGAUGGCGCUUGACCCGACGUACCCUCUAGAACUCGCAGAGAGAUCCCGUGAUGCUGUGGAGAAGAACAUGGAAACCGAACGGGCCUUUCAUGCCAACGUUGCCGAAAGUUUUAUUACAGAUUCACCUCGUGAACGCUUUGAUGCAAAGUCUGCCAAAAUAAGGCCCUGA